CCUUCACCAUAUAGCAUCAAUUUCCUCCAUUUCAGAAAACCUAGAAAUGGCAGCAGAGUGCACUGAAACCUCUCUUCUUAACCCUAACCCUAACCCUAAUAACAAUAAUAAUAAUACACAAAGUUGGUGGCAAGAACUGAUGCAUGCAAACUCUUUGUCUUGUUCCAACUUCCCAUGGCAACACCACUCUAGAAAAAACAAUCUCUCCUCUGAGACGUCGGCCCGCGAGGACGACGUCUCCGUUUCGAACCGGACGGUGCUCGCAGCCAUCGAGUCUUCCAGGCUGCAGCUGGGCGACGAGGCUGCGGGUGCCUUGCCUGGCGGCAAAUUCAUCGGCGAAAAUUCGUCCGAUCAUCAAAGCCAUCUAUGGAGUCAUCUUCUCUUAAGUGGAGGGAGCACUAGCGGAGGAUUGGAUUACAAAAGUCAACCACAAGAGAUUGGGGAGAGCAGCAUGCUCAUCAACCUUUCAUCAUCACCAUCAUCAAACACCACCACCGCCGCCGCCGCCACCACAACCACCGCCGCCACCAACUUUAUUUUUGACAUUAUGUCAUCAAGUGACGACGACUACUUGAACAGAAUGGGGACUACAACCACACUGGACCAUCAUCAUCACCAUCAUCAAGACUACUACAACGCCUUCAUCAACAAUAAUCCACACCAAUAUGGCGGCGGAGGCGGCGGUCAAACGGAGAUGUUUGACCACCACCGCCUGCCGCCGCUGUCGUUCACCGACGAACACCUGCAGGGUGUUUCAUACAACCAUAAUGGUAUUAUGGGAAGUGCGUGUUUUCUGGGGGGUAGCGGUUUGAAUGAGUAUAAUUGCAGCGGCGCUACUGAUCUGAUCAAAGCCAUGCCGCCGGAUUUUCCGGCGGGGUGUUUUGGGAAUGGUAAUAAUAAGAAGCGGGGAGCCGCCGCCGGUCUUCGUACUUCUCCGUCUAGGGCACCAUCAACAUGCAGCACCAUAUCAAGGAGCAAUAGUGGGAGGUGCCAAGGAAGUCUUGCUACUACUAAGGAUGCAAAGAAGAAGAAACUUGAAGAACAUGUGGAAAAAAUGAUCUUAAAAAGACCCAAAGAUGAUACAUCAUCUUCCAAAGAGGAAAAAAUGAUACAACAAGUUCCAAAGGUUAAGCUUGCAGAUAAAAUCACAGCACUCCAACAGAUUGUGUCUCCAUUUGGAAAGACUGAUACAGCAUCUGUGUUGUGGGAAGCAUUAGGCCAUAUCAGAUUCUUGCAAGAGCAAAUCCAGCUUCUAACCAACGCCCACGCUAAGAGCAAUGCAAUAAGAAAGGAUGUUCCAUGGGGAGGGUUUAUAGUGGGCGGCGGCAGAAAAGACGCCGGCGGCGGCGGCGGAGAAGAUGACGAUGUUGAUUUAAGGAGCAGAGGGCUUUGCUUGGUUCCGACGUCGUUUACCCCUCUCAUUAUUCGAGAGAAAAAUAGUAACGCUUCGGAUUACUUGAUUCCAACGUACAGAGGAUGCUUGUAUGACCAAAAUCGCAUUCCUCGCCAUUUCAAUUCAUUUCCAAACUCCCCUACUCAAGUCAUGGCGGAAGCGGAGCUUCAUCUCCACGCGCCACCGCCGCCAAACCCUACCUCCGCCUCUCUCGCUCUCAAUCCACCGCCGCCGCCGGUACAGGUCAAAUCUGAGUCUCUUCCUCAUCCUCCUCCCAGCAGCGGAGGAUUCGGUCCGCUUCUCUGGCUACAGAACCGCCGGCCGAGGGUUAGGGUGACGUCGGAAUACGACAGCGACAGCUCCGUUUUCCUGCACAAAAUCUCCUGCAAGCUGCUCGACAGCUUAGCCAAGGUGAAGCUGUCGUUUCAGAACGACGGGAAAGGAGAGAUUUCGGAGCCCCAAUUGGACUUGACUUCCAAGUACUUGUCCUUGCACUACGACAUUGAAGACCAAAACGCCAUUGUCAAGGCAAAUUUCGACCUCACUCCCUCCCUGCAGUUGAAGGCCAUUCACGAUGUCAAGUCGAAACAAGGAGAAGUUGCUAUGGUUGCAGAUCUUUCCGGUCCUGCCUAUAAGUUAGAAUUGUCCUCUAGUGUUCCGGCUCUUGGCACCGCGCCAAAAGUCACCUUUAAGUUCCCCCAUGGUGAAGUUUCACUACAGGAUAAAGAGGUGGAGGAAGAGGAAGCAAAGAAAGCGUUCUCCAUAAAUGGAAUCCUCAAGGGCCAUAUUUUAAAUGGAGUUUGCACUGCACAAUACAAGGAUGAAUCGUUAGAUUUAGGAUACUUAUAUAAGGAUGAGCAAAUGACUUUAAAUCCUCAAAUUAGCUUGCCUUCAAAUGCAGUGUCAUUUGCAUUCAAGCGUCGAUUUGGUCCUUCAGACAAGUUGAGCUACUGGUAUAAUUUUGAUACAAACUACUGGAGCACUGUGUACAAACACACAGUCAGCAAAGACUACAAACUUAAAGCAGGUUAUGAUUCAGAGGUGCGACUUGGAUGGGCAUCUUUAUGGGCACAUGCCACUGAAUCCCACACACUUGGUAAGUGGAUGAAGCCCACAUGAAACGGGCCGGGCUAACAUGACCCGGUUGUAAGGCUGGGGAUGGUGGCGGGUCGAGGUAGGCACUAGGGGUAGGAUCACACUUCUGAGAUACAAAGAGAGUUUUAUUGAGCUUCAUCUCCCUCGUGGUGGGAGAUGAAAGUGGGAAAGCAAAGUCGGCGCCGAUGAAGAUGAAAGUCCAAUUCAUGCUUCAAGUGCCACAAGACGACAUUAAAGCAUCGGCUCUGAUGUUCCGCUUGAAGAAGAGAUGGGACAUAUGAACAUUGUUUGGAUUAUAUGUAGACCAGAUGUUCCAAUGGCACAAUGUAAUGUGUUUCUUAUUUUUACAUGAUUACAUAGUAUAUUGCUUUGGAUGUUUUAGUGUAAGAUGAGAUGGUUCUUUAUAAUCCCAUUAAUGAAUGGCUUGUGUUCUG